AUGGAUACGACCGGCCACAGCGUCCUCCUCCUCCAGCAGCUGAACAUGCAGCGGGAGUUUGGCUUUCUGUGUGACUGCACAGUUGCCAUUGGAGAUGUUUACUUCAAAGCCCACAGAGCGGUGCUCGCUGCUUUUUCAAACUAUUUUAAGAUGAUAUUUAUUCAUCAGACAAGCGAAUGCAUAAAGAUUCAGCCCACAGACAUCCAGCCUGACAUAUUUAGUUACUUGUUGCAUAUCAUGUACACCGGGAAAGGGCCAAAGCAGACCGUCAGCCAGAGCCGACUGGAGGAGGGCAUCCGCUUUCUCCACGCAGACCACCUCUCCCAUAUCGCGAUCGAGAUGAACCAAGUAUUCUCCCCAGAGCCGGUCCAGUCUUCAAACUUGUACGGGAUCCAGAUCUCGACCACACACAAACCGGCGAAGGAACGCCUGGGAGUGAAGGAGAGUCUGCCCAAGGCGGGCAGCAGGUCUGCUGCCCAGGGCGAUCACCCGCAGCUGCAGCUCUCUCUGGCCAUCGGCCUGGACGACAGCUCCCUUGACCAGCAGGUCGCUUGCCCCUCUGCUCAGCCCCCUGCUCUCGCCAAGCCAGCGGAAGAGCAUCCGAAGCUCUCGGUCUCCAUAAAGCAGGAGAGGUGCGACUCGGAGCCUGUGGUGUCCCAGAGCUGCACCCCUCCUUCUCCGGAGGUAGCAAGCCCCAUCUUUGCUAAGGCCAGCCUCAAGGUGCACUUGUGUCACUACUGCGGGGAGCGUUUUGACUCCCGAGGGGGGCUGCGGGAGCACUUGCACACCCACGUCUCGGGCUCGCUGCCGUUCGGCGUGCCGGCCUCCAUCCUGGAGAGCAGCGACCUGGGGGAGGUGCAGCCUCUGGCUGAGGACAGGGAGGCUGGGGAUGGCCACCGGCUGGGGGCCUUCCUCCUCAAGGAGGACGAGCAUCAGCUGGAGCAUCCGAGCUGCAGCGACCUGGAGCCUCUGCAGAUCGGCCAGCUCUCCCUCAUCUCCAAGGACCACGAACCGGUAGAGUUGAACUGUAACUUUUCUUUCUCGAGAAAGAGAAAAAUCAGUUGCACCGUCUGUGGCCGCACGUUUUUCCGGAAGAGCCAGCUGCUCGAGCACAUGUACACGCACAGGGGGAAACAGCACAAGUACAGCCGCUGCCAGCGGCUGGAGAGCCCCGUGACCCCCAGGUUUCGUCCUUACUGUGACAGUGAGAGCAUGGGGAAGAGCUCCAGUUUAUCCCAAGACCACUUAGACGAAUGUAUACUGGAGUCAGAUCUCAUCCAAGAAAGUGUUGAUACGAUCCUGGUAGAGUAGUUCUCCCCCUGUGUAGCCUUUAGGUGCUGAAACUGGAUAUUUUGGCAUUUUCCACCUAGUGAGAAGCUGCUCUCUGGAGCUGAUUUUCUUCAACCACCAUUCUCAUUGCCUCUGAGAUAACUGUGAAGAACUGUGUACUUUGAUUUGUGUACUUGCUUUUUUACUUCUCUAGCUUUUAAACUCAAGCUAAUUCCCAUCUAAGUCCUUCUUGGAAGCCUCCGUGUAACUCAGUUACAUUUUUCGUAAAUGCAAACUUAUUCCUGCUCUGCUUUACUGGAGUUAAGACUGUAUUGCUGGGUGUGAGGUUUAAACAUCGUCUAAUACGCUGCGCGGUGCCUAGGACUGUUUGUAUCCCGUAGAAUUGCUCUUCUGAAACUAGAUGGAGGGAAAUGUAGAGGGAAAUAUGUAUUGUGU